AUGCACUACGCCUACGGGAUUCGGGCGAUCCUGCUCCGCUGCGCGGGAUUCAACCACGUCCACCUCGAAACCGCCGAAGAGCUCGGCCUCUUCGUGGCGAAUGUCCCGGCCUAUUCGCCCGAAGCCGUGGCCGAGUUCGCCGUCGCCCUGAUCCAAACCUUAAAUCGCAAGACGCACCGCGCCUACAACCGCGUGCGCGAGGGCAAUUUCAAUAUUGAAGGCCUGCUCGGGAAUACCCUGCAUGGCAAGACCGUGGGGAUCGUCGGCGUGGGGCGCAUUGGGCUUGCAGCCGCCCGCAUCUUUCACGGCUUCGGGUGCCGACUGCUUGCGCACGACCCGUUUGCCGGUGAAGAGUUCCGUCCGUAUGGGACGCUAGUCGACCUAGACACCCUGCUGCAGGAGAGCCAUAUCGUUAGUCUGCACUGCCCGCUCACGGAGGAGACGAAGCAUCUUAUCAAUGAGGAGACGUUGGAGCGCAUUAGACCCGGGUCUUUGCUGGUUAAUACCUCGCGCGGUGGGCUCAUCGAUUCCACGGCUGUCAUCCAGGCGCUGAAGACGAGGCAGCUGGGCGGGUUGGCGUUGGAUGUGUACGAAGCGGAAGGCGAGCUUUUCUAUAAUGAUCACUCUGGGGAGAUCAUCGACGACGAUGUGUUGAUGCGUCUGAUGACAUUCCCUAAUGUCUUGAUCUGUGGUCAUCAGGGGUUCUUCACGCGUGAGGCCCUUGAGGAGAUCGCUGAGGUUACACUCGGCAAUCUAUCGGACCUGGCUGCAGCCCGCUCGUGCAAGAACUCCUUGGUUACGGAGGGACAUGUGUUGGUUCCGCUUGACGCGGAGCCGGUGAGACUCUAA